GGGUUGGACCCCAACGAACAGCUAUCAUCCAGACCCACGGGAAAGCUGGCUGAGUGGAAGUUCUACAACUAGAAGGAAAGAAAGACCCGCAUUGAGACUGAGUAGGAGGUGCAGAGGCGCCAAGGACAGAGAUUCCAACCGAGAGAACAUGUCAUUCAGAUUCGGCCAACAUCUCAUCAAGCCCUCUGUGGUGUUUCUCAGGACAGAACUGUCCUUCGCCCUCGUGAACAGGAAACCUGUGGUCCCAGGGCAUGUCCUGGUGUGUCCCCUUCGGCCAGUGGAGCGCUUCCGAGACCUGCGUCCUGAUGAAGUGGCUGAUUUGUUUCAAGCCGCCCAGAGGGUCGGCACGGCGGUGGAAAAGCAUUUCCAGGGGACUUCUCUUACUUUUGCUAUGCAGGAUGGCCCCGAAGCCGGACAGACUGUGAAGCACGUUCACAUCCAUGUUCUGCCCAGGAAGGCUGGAGACUUUCACAGGAAUGACAGCGUCUAUGAUGAGCUCCAGAAACAUGACAAAGAGGAAGCGGACUCCCCGGCCCUGUGGAGAUCGGAGGAGGAAAUGGCAGCAGAAGCCGGGGCGCUGCGGGCCUACUUUCAGUGAUGCAGGCAUGAAAAGCAACUCAAACAAAUCCCAAGGCAUAAGGAAAUGGGCCUGUUCUCAGGACUCUGCGGCAUUGGAAAUGAAGCCAAGCAGACUUUAUUACAUCCUCCAAUUCGGCAACCUUUUGCUCAGCAUUUUAUUACCCUGCGGAAGCCACCCGGUUAUGUUUCAAUCACGAUGACUGACAGGCUAACUUCAACACCGCAUCGGCAGCCUUCUGCCCUCCUAAGUCUGCGCCCUCAGAACAGAGCCCUUUCUAAAUUGUCCCUGGGCCUGGAUGGAAAUAAAACGGCAGUUAAGAUAUUAAAAAAAAAAUUAAUACUAUGGGACACGGAAAACCUGAUAACAGUAAAAAUUAUGAAGGUGGAGCCCUGGUCAGUGUGGCUCAGUUGGUUAGGCUUUAUCCCAUGCAUUGAAAGUUUGUUGGUUCGAUUCCCAGGUUUCCAGCUGGAUCCUGGGCGGGGGAUUCUCUCUCAUCAUUUGAUGUUUCUAUCUCUCUCUUCCUCUCCGUUCCUCUCUGAAAUCAAUAAAAAUGUAUUUAAAAAAAAGAAAAGUAUACAGGCUGCUACUGUGAGGAAAGGUGCUUAAAUCAGGAACACAGAAGACCUGAGCUAUAAUUUCAGCUGUACCACUUACUUUGUUUAUAAAAUCAGAAUGUUAGAACUAGAAGAAAACGUAGACAUCCAGUGUGAUAUUCUAUUCCAGCCCAAAGUUGGUGGUUUUCAUAAGUCCAUAACCAUUAAUGAAAAGGCAUUUUAUUAUUUUAUUUAGUGCAACUGAAUAGUUCCUGCCCUCAACUUGAAUAAUCUUAGAUUUUUUUACUAUGAGGAAAGUAAUUUAUACUUUCCUUAUGAUUUCUCUGUCUUACUUCAUUGAGGGCUGUUUGUUUUGAAAGCUGGUAACUUCAGUUAAAUGGUACAGCAAGGUGGCUUUCCUAGCCCAUGGAGGUUUCCAUCAAGCCAAGUCCUCUUGGCAACGGUGAUCAGAUUGAGCAAAUGUAAAUGUAGCACAUGCAACUAUAAAGUAUAAUACUUUCAGAAAAGAAAAAAAAACAAAACACCAGGAGCAAAUCUUCUGGAACCUUGGGUGAACAAGGACAUCUUAGAGACCUGGCAAUCCUUAAAAAGGAAAAGUGGUAAAUAGGAUUUCACCAAAAUUUGAAAGUUUUGUUCUGUAAAAGACUGUUAUGAAGAUGAAAAGAUGCCCUGGCCGGUGUGGCUCAGAUGGUUGAGCAUUGUCCCAUGCACCAAGAAGUCGAGCCAAGUCAUAGAUUCCAUCCCUGGUGCAGGAUGUACAGGAGGCAACAAAUGGAUGUUUCUCUCUCUCCCUUUUCCCUUCCUCUCUCUAAAAUCAAUAAAAACACAUUUUUUUAAAAAAAUGAUGAAAAGACAAGCUAUAGACUGAGAUAAAAUAUUUAUAAACCACAUAUCCAACAAAGCAGUCAUAUCUGGAAAACAAAGAAUUCUUAAAAUUCCACAAUGAAAAUACAAAUAAUGGACCCCAAGUUUGGUUUUAAUACCCUUCUUCAAUAAGAAGAACCAGGCCUUCUUGAAGAAAUAACUGAUUCUACAACUAGAACAGGAAAUACACAAGAUGAGUCUGGAGAACCUUGUAGUGCUAGAAAGGAAGGAAGGACUUAAAGAAAAAAGCCACACAAUGAGGGGGCAUAUCAAAAGGACACAA